AUGGAGACCAUCGACCCGACCACCGGCCAGAAGCUGCCGCCCGACGCCAUCCAGCGCGUGCUGUACAUCGGCCGCAACGUGCACAUCUACCAGAUCCCGCCGCUGUCCUCGACCAAGGGCUACUCGGCCGCCGAGUGGACCGACGAGAAGCGCAGCAAGAAGAUCUUCACCGGCCGCCUGCGCCUGCUCGAGACCGCCGUCCCCAAGUCGUCCUCGACCGCGGCCCUCUCCACAACCACAACCACGGCGGACGCCAGCGAGGAUGUCAAGGUGGACCUGCUCGUCGAGGAUCCGUCCACGGGCGAGCUCUUUGCUGCCGCGCCCUACACGUCGCCGGCCGUGGUCGAGCAGGCGCUUGACAGCAGCCGCUUCUUCGCCGUGCAGUUCCGCAACCAGGGCAUGAAGGCGACGCUGGGCAUCGGCUUCGAGGAGCGCAGCGAGGCCAUGGACUUCAACAUCUCGCUGCAGGACGCGCGUAAGGUGCUCGGCUUCGAGCCCAAGGCCGCCGGCGGCAGCAACGGCUCCUUCGGUGCCGCGCGACCGGCUGGCGCCGCCGCCGCCGAGGAGAAGAAGGACUUCAGCCUGAAGGAGGGCGAGACCAUCACGGUCAACAUUGGCGGAAGAGGCAGGCGGAACAGGUCGUCGCCGACCGGCGAGAGCCCGUCGGGUGAGGAGAACAAAGACGCGCAGGCCGCGCUGUUCUCAAUCAAGCCUCCGCCCGCAAGCAGCAGCGGCGGUGGUGGGCCGGUGCCGUUCCUGCCUCCGCCGCCCAGUGCCUCGUCGGUCAAGGCGGAGAGACGGAGGAGUAGGCCAUUGCCGCCACAGGGUGCAACGCCACCCGCAGAGAAGAAGCCAAGUCCGAAAGACUUGGGCUUCGACGACGGAGAAUUUGGAGAAUUCCAGUGA